AAUAAGUUGAGAAUCUGGGAAACUGUGCUUUUAGUUUUUCUCUAUUUUUUUGGUGAGUUUUUUUGUUUUUGAAUUUAAGAAACUCUUUUGCUCUGCAACGGUCACAGCAGAUCCCGUUCCUUAUCCUCCAUUAGUAGAUCUCAGCUUUCUCUUCCUAGAAAAUGGGGGGCCCUUGGAAUGAAAUUCCACGUAGUUAUGCUUGAAUGUCGGCAGCUUUUAUGAAUUGGAUAUAUUUCUCUUUCAAUCUGGGGAUCAAGUUUUUUUCUUCUGUUUCUCUUUUGUUUCUUUUUGGGGUGGCUCUGCUUUGGGGAAGAUGACACCUGCUGUGAUGGCGCCUUGUGUGUUGCAGGGAUGUUUUCCACUGCAGAUAUCUGGCAAGGACUGUAUUGCAUUAUCCUCCAUGGAUGGAAAUACAGCAUUUUCUUCAGUCAGGAAUCCUCACACAAUUGGAUCUGUUUUGGUGGGAGAGAAAGGGAGACAUCCAUCCAAUGCUAGCAAUUGUUCUGAUGUCAGUGAUACCAAAGGUGAAGCAGAUAAUGGUCCUCCAAUUCUCACGCAGAUACCAAGGCCAAUGAAUAUUUCCACAGGGACAAAAUCUGCUUAUUCCAAUCUCCCUCUCUUAUCAGCAACAGAUGUUAUUUACCAGGUGAAUAAAGAAAAAGCCACACCAGAGGCAAAGUGCAGAGAAUCUAGUAGUGGAUCUGUGUUGGAUGAUAAAUCAUACCAUCCAGACAGCAUAACAAUAGCUGAAUUCCAUCAAAAGAAAACAGGUUUUCACAAAGAAAACUUGUUUUCAUUCUCUAUUUCUGAGCCCGAGAAAGGGCAGAAGUCAGUAAAAUAUUCCUGCAGUACAUUAGGCAAUUUAGGUGCAGAAAGGAUGUCACUCCAGAAUCCAUGUCAGGUGUCCUCUGUGACUGGCGUUUCUGUGAACUGUAACACAGAAAAUAUGGCUGGGAGUGUGAUAUCAUCAAGAAAUGCAUCAGAACUUUCAAACUUUGUCAAUCUGCAGAAGGAAAUGGGCCAGAAGAUAGUGUCUAGAAAUAAUUUACAACCACAAGAAAAUAUAGGAUUGGAGGAAGCCAAUUCUACAUCCGUAAAAGGAGGGCUAUCUAAUCCUUGGCCACCUGUAAUACAUACUUUUAGCAUUUUGAAAUCUAAAGAUAAACUAGAGAGCAUUGACAGAGAGCAAUAUGGUGUUCCUGAUUCCAUAAAUAACUUGCCUGCUGCCAUUAAUAAUUGUCCAAUGAAGGGUCUAAAGCAUAUUCCUAUACUAUAUUCUAAGGAGAAGAUUGUUCAUUCUCAGGAACUGACAAACAAUAACAACCUGUACCUAAGUCCAAGCCGUCAUCUUCACUAUGGGAACAAAAGGAAAUGGAGUCCAUCCCAAAGGCAACAGAUAGCAGAUUUAGUAACAUAUUCUCCACAACCUGAUUUCACCUCAAAAUAUUGCUUCAAAAGGCAUAAAGUCUUUGCUGACAAAGUUGAAAAUGGUCACCAAAAUGUGAAGAUUCCAGAGGGUAAAGAAAUGGCAGAAUCAGUAGGCUUUUUUCCCCACGAACUUGCAUUGGAGUUGAAUGGAAACAACACUGAUAAUUCGUCAGUUAAUUUUAGAUUAGAACUCAGUAGCCCUGCACAUGCCGCAGGACAAAUGUCAUCUGUAAGAACAGCCUCUCAAGGAAUGUCAUCAUCAGAGUCAGACUGGGGUAAGUUCCUAGCUUUGUCUGCUUCAUCUGAGCCAACUACUCAAGGUAAUAAUGUGGAGAAAGAAAUAAUUGCAAAUUUUGAGCAUCGUUUCAACAAGUUGCAAGCUUUUCUGAAGAGAUGUGACGAGUCAGAUCAAUACUAUUCCCAAGGAUUCCAGAAUCUAUCUGCAAUGGAUCGAAGUGUCAUUGCAAUUAAGCUGGAAAAGCAAGCUAUGAAGCUUUCCUUGGAGGAGGUUAAGGAAUUUGAUAGAAUGAACACACUCAAGAUAUUCAGAAAACCCUCUAUAGAUACCACAAAUGAUGUAGGAGCUGCAUUGAUUCUGAAACUUCUCCUACCCAAUUCUUCCUAACUACAAUAAGCUGAAAUCUCACAAUGGCAGCUGGCGCUUCCCAAGAAGAUUACAUCUGCAUCAGGUUGCCUUGAUUUGUAAAAUCAAUCGUUAAGAGUGAUUAAAUUCAGUGGUCAACUAGAUGACCGGCAAACUCUAACAUGCCAUACUCUCUUGACAAUCAAACUAAUAUUAAAUCUCUCACAAGAGAGAUUUAAAUGCUUUGCAAAAUGUUUUCUAAUGUGUCCAGUUAGUGAAUGUAUGGCAGAUCACCAAGUCAAGCUAUUGAAAAUUUAAUAUUUGUAGGCCAACCGAUUCAGUUAGCUGGACAGAUUUUUGUACUGGAAGGAUCGCAAUAAAAUAUUUUCCUUUUUAAA